UCAUCACACGAUGUCACCAGAUUCUGGUUCUUUAAUGCUUUGAUGAGGAUCGGAACUCAUGAUGUCAUCACACGAGGUCACCAGAUCCUGUUUCUAAAUCUAUGAAUAGGAGACAGAAUUUUCAGUCCAAACACAGUUCGACUCAAUCAACAGUUUGGUUCCGAGAGAAUUAGAGGAUUUCUUCAAGAUCACUUUAUUGUUAUUUCAAAGUACACUGUAGAAGAAAAUAAUACUUUGACAAUGCCAGGCAAGAAGAAAAAACAAGGACAGCGGGGAAUCGACGCGGCAGCAAUGCUGGAAUUCAUGAAUGAUUGCCCCACGGUGGACGAAUUCUACCACAGCCCCAUGGAAAUGCAGAAGAACUCGCUGGCCAAUAAAAAUAAUUGGCCAGCGCUGGCCAAUAAAAAUAAUACUUUGACAAUGCCAGGCAAGAAGAAAAAACAGCGGGGAAUCGACGCGGCAGCAAUGCUGGAAAGCAUGAAUGAUGAUUACUCCAUGGAGGAUGAACCCCCAAAGAAAUUCUACCACAGCCCCAUGGAAAUGCAGAAGAACACGCUGGCCAAUUACAUGGAUCAGUUUCGAGUACAAAAGGAUGUCAAACAUCAGACCUGCAACACAAAAGAUCAACAAGCAGAGUUGGAGCAGGUGAAAGCUGAGAGUGAGGCCCUCAAAGAUCAGCUUCAGUCUGCAAAGCAGCAGCAGCAGGCUGUGGAAAAACACAACUCGGAGUUGCGAUUGGAGAGAAAUCCAUGGAAACUGAAGGCUCAGCUUCAAGCAGAGAAAGACAAGAAUAGUCAUCUCAUGGCUUCACUGGAGGAGGCAAAACAACAUAUUGCCCAGCAGGAGAUGGAAGCUAAAGAACAUGCGAAGACGAGAGAAGAAGUACAGGCUCUGAAGGUGGAGCUUCAGUCUGCAAAGCAGCUUCAGGCUGUGCCAAAAAACAACGUGGACUUUGAGCUGAAAAAAACACAAGAUCUGCUGGAGGCUGAACGUAUUCGCUGUGAGCAGGAAAAAAACAGUAUUGUGCAGUACACACAGAACUACGUAGGCUGCUUUUUGGGUCAAUAUCACGGACAGGUAGACAUGAACAGGAAGCUCAUCGCUGAAGUGGAGACUCUGAAGUUGGAGCUUGAAUCUGCAAAGCAGCUUCAGGCUGCGGCAAAAAACGACUUUGAGCUGGAGAGAUUUUUGGAAAUACAGAAGGCUGAAACUCAGAAGCUACAACAUGAGUUUAGAAAGACGGAGGAACUAUUAGAAAAACAGAAAGCUGAGACUACAAGGUUUGCUGCAGACCUGAAAAAAACACAAGAUCUGCUGGAGACUGAACGUCAUCGCUUUGAGCAGGAAAAAGAGUCUAUUUGGAAGGAGACACAGAACAGCUCAACCUCCAGUCUGGCUCAACUGAACGGCAAGGAAGACGAAAACAGGAAGCUAAUGGCUGAAGUUGAGACUCUGAAGUUGGAGCUUCAGUCUGCAAAGCAGCAGCAUGCUGUGGAAAAAAGCAGAUUGGAGUUGCAAUUGGAGAGCGAUAAGAUGGCUCAGCUUCAAGCCGAGAAAGACAAAAUUAGUCAUCUCAUGGCUUCACUGAAGGAGGCAGAACAAGACAAGUCUUCUCUCAUGGCACAGCUGGAAAAAUCCAAGGCCACUCAUCUUGCCCAGCAGGAGAUGCAGACCAAGGAAAACGAGAACACCAUGACUGAAAUGAAGAAAAAGCUUGAAGAUCAGCUCAAGUCUGCAAAGCAACUGAAAGCAGAGAAGGAGGCCCUCCAAAAUGAAUUGGAGGCAAAGAACAACGAGCUCCGUGCUGAAAAGAGGCUGAUUGCUGUGGAAAAAACCAAGGUGGAGAUGGAAUUGGAGAACAGUCUGCUUUAUGAGAUGGCUCAGCUGCAAGCUGAGAAAGACAAGAGUAGUCGUCUCAUGGCUUCACUUAAGGAAGCCGAGCAAGACAAGUCUUCCCUCUUAGCACAGCUGGAUGAGAAAAGAAGGGUCAACGCCACCAUUGUGGCUGCUCUUAAAGAGGUUGGGAAGCAGCUGGAAAUUGGACAUCUUCAGUGGCAGGAGGACAAGACUUCCCUUCUGGCACAGCUGAAAAACUCCCAGGCCACAUAUCACGCCCAGUCGGAGUUGCAGGCAGAGAAACACAUGAAUACCGUGGCUGCACUGAAGAAAGACCUAGAAGAUCAGCUUGAGAGUAGCCGUCUCCAAUGGCAGCAGGAGAAAACCUCCCUGCUAGAGGAAAGCGAGAAGGCCAGAGAGUCCUAUGUGUCUCAACUGGAGGAGAAGAAACGGGACAACAACACCGUUGUGGCUGCUCUUAAAGAGGUUGAGAAGCAGCUAAAGAUUGGACAACUCCAGUGGCAGGAGGACAAGACUUCCCUCACGGCACAGUUGGUCAUAACAAACCAGAGGGACACUGACCUAGCUGAACAAAUACAGAGCUGGGAGGCCAAGGAAAGAGGGAUGAGGGAAGACAACAAGUACCUGGAGAAGAGGUUCAGGGACCAACUGGCUGAGACGAAGAGCUGGCAGGACAUCGCUCUUGACCAAUACAGUAAGAGGAAAGGCUUCUGGUUUGGCAAGAAGAAGAUCGAUGAUAGAAAUGCGGAGCUGGAGAAAAUGAAGAGGAAAAUGCAAGAGAAGGAGGAGAAGAAUAGGAUUGUCCAUGGCGAUAAGGUGGUUGAGGAGGCUGCUGCCUGUCAGUAGCUCUCUCUUCCUCCACUC